AUGGAUGACCGGAAACCGGAGAACAACGGUGUUUCCGGCCAAUCCCAGCUACCUAUUCCAGCUUUUGAUCCUCCUGAGAAACCAAAGAGAAACAAAUUUGCUAUACUUUGUGCUGUUUUAGCAUCCGCCACAACUAUAUUACUGGGCUAUGAUGUUGGAGUGAUGACUGGAGCAGUAAUAUACAUCAAAGAAGACCUAAAAAUCUCCGACGUCCAAAUUGAAAUUCUAGUGGGUAUCCUUGGCAUCUACUCUCUCUUCGGCUCGGCGGCUGCCGGCCGAACCUCAGACUGGAUUGGCCGCCGGUACACCAUAGUAUUUUCUGCCGGAAUCUUCUUUGCCGGUGCAAUUCUAAUGGGUUUCGCCACGAACUAUGCAUUCCUCAUGGUUGGCCGCUUCGUCGCAGGCAUUGGAGUUGGCUACGCACUCAUGAUUGCGCCGGUGUACACCGCCGAGGUCUCGCCGGCGUCGUCUCGUGGCUUCCUAACAUCUUUCCCUGAAGUCUUCAUUAAUAUGGGUAUAUUGCUUGGAUAUGUAUCCAGCUAUGUAUUUUCCAAGCUUCCAAGACACUUGGGUUGGCGAUUCAUGUUAGGAAUCGGAGCAAUUCCAUCAAUAUUCUUAGCCUUAAUUGUCUUAGCCAUGCCCGAGUCACCUCGUUGGCUAGUCAUGCAGGGUCGACUCGGUGAAGCAAAGCAAGUUUUGGACAAAACCUCAGACUCCAAAGAAGAGGCCCAACUAAGACUAGCUGAUAUCAAAGAAGCCGCAGGUAUCCCAGAAAACUGUGAAGACGAUAUCGUUCAAGUCCCACAACGUAGCCAUGGUGAGGGUGUAUGGAAAGAACUGCUCCUUUAUCCAACACCCUCAGUUCGCCACGUUUUAAUCGCAGCCACUGGUAUUCAAUUCUUCCAACAAUCGAGCGGUAUAGCUGCAGUCGUUUUGUAUAGUCCGAGAAUUUUUGAAAAAGCGGGUAUAACUAAAAACACUGAUAAGUUAUUAGCCACAAUCGCGGUUGGUACCACAAAGACACUUUUCAUCUUAGUGGCCACAUUUUUACUAGACAAGAUCGGACGGCGACCAUUGCUUCUAUCAAGUGUUGCGGGUAUGAUCGUGUCCCUUGUGGGCCUAGGCACUGGAUUGACGGUCAUUGAUCAUCACUCUGAUCAUAAGCUUACGUGGGCCAUCGCAUUGUGCAUAUUCACUAUAUUAUCAUUUGUUUCUUUCUUCUCCAUUGGAUUGGGUCCCAUUGCGUGGGUCUACAGCUCUGAGAUCUUUCCUCUGAGGCUACGCGCUCAAGGGUCGAGUUUAGCGGUGGCGGUGAACACAGUCACAAGUGGGGUCCUCUCGAUGACCUUUAUUUCUUUAUAUAAGACCAUCACAAUCGGUGGGACCUGCUUUUUAUUUGCGGGGAUUGCAUCAGUGGCUUGGGUGUUCUUUUAUACGCUGCUCCCUGAAACACAGGGUAGAACACUUGAGGAGAUGAAUAAAAUAUUUGGCUCUUUCUUCAAAUGGAGGGCCACAAUGAUAGAGUUGAAGAAAAAUGAAGCUCAACGUAAUGGAGAGAUAACACUUAGUGGGGGAGCAGUGAACUAAGAUAGGUAGAUAUCUAGGGUAGGAUGGUAGAUAUGUGUGCUCCACUAGGGGCUCAUUUGUCAUUAUGAUAUUGAUGGACUUCACUAGGUUUGAUAGUCUUAUGCUCGAAAUCAAAAGUCACUCUCAACCGUCAAAAGAAUCAUGCUCUGUGGAAAAAUAUCCAAUUAUUUUGGGAGGUGUUUGGUAGCCGUAUAUGUUCAACCCAUCAUAUCUACACUCUAACUAGUGUUGUAUUUGCUGAGAAAAUUCUCUAUAUCUAAUUUUUCACAAAUCGUAAGAGUUGUAUAUCUAAUUUUUCUCAAAUUUUAUAAUAAUACAUAAAGCAAU